CUAUCUUAGGACAUUUGAACAUAGAUAUACAACCGUAGGUAAAGUGUCUCGCUCAAGGACACAAGUGUGAAGCGGGGGAUUCGAACUCGAAUCGCAACCGAUGCCCUAACCGCUUUCAUAGAGUACUCAAAUUCGUUCUGUAGGAUGAAUGCAGGUGGAGAGAAAUUAUUACAUACCGUAAUCGGCCGUCAACACCAAAAUAUACAAUAAUUGUUGGCCUUAUGAAACAUCCACAGUCCCAAGAUUGAUUGGAGUAUUGACUUGUUAAAAAAAUCGCAUGAUUUAUUCAAACGGGGCGCUUAUUCGCGCGACGAUAAAUGAGUUCUUCGUAUAUUCUACGUUGAUACCGGAAAGGUCGCGUUUGGCUAUACAGUACUUGUAUAGUAUAGGGUACAAAGGUAACACAUGUUGUCAUAUCAAAAUAAAUGUGAGCAGAGAAAACCCCUACAAAUCACGCACACUGUUGGUCUUCUGGUCUACAUAUUCGAGUAGUGCAUCAAUUACAUAACACUACAAUGUGUAGUACAACGUCGAUUAGAUUUUUGACUUAUUACUGCAAGUUUUGUUGGUGCCAUGUAUUGAAUGCAUAUGAGGUACUGACCUUAAAUUUAUAAAUUUAAAGUACAGUACUGUUGUUACCAGAAUUUGAAAGUUUGGUGAAAGACGUGGACACUGAAAAUAUUGAUGCUCACCCACUAAGAUCAUCUGGACUUCGAGACAUUUUAAGAGAAACACCUGAAUCACCGAGAUGGAAGAUAGUGCAUGGAAAUUAUAAUAUUUAUACAGCGCGAAUGGAUUAGGUACUAUAGGCCAUAUUUAUCAAGCAAAAUCGGUUCCGUCUUUCCCAUAUGCGCCCGUGUAAAGAUAACAGUGUAGUGAAUAUAUUUGAAUAGGUCUGAUGAACCAGUUAAAAUAGACAAAUACACCGCAUGGACCCGGAUCCUCAUUAUCCGCUACCUACCCAAUAAAUAUAUAUUUUUAAUGGCCAUUGUAAACCAUGCCCCAAUUAACACACUUUUGUUAAACAUACUUCAGAAACUUAAAUAAAUAUUGCGGAACGUCAUGCCUGAAAAAGCAGUAUGCAACAAUCAAGAUUUCAGUUCGUUGUUAUCUGUGUAUUGAGAGUAACGGCGUGUUGAGGUCCUAAUAGUCCAGUGUUGAACCUGUGUGUUUGUAUAUUAGAGAUAUCAAAGAGGUUAUGAAGUUAUAUCGUGGUAAAGUCUAAACCAACGAGGAAUGGCUGGGCACCUGAAUGCAACCAAGAACUUCAUCAUAUCAGUGGAUGACAGUAAGCGACGUAGCCUUGAUGUCUUCAGUUUAUUCGAGGACGCCAGGAAAUCCUCAUUAUUGACUGAUGUCGUAAUUUGUGCCGGGUCGAAAGAGAUCUCCUGUCAUAAGAUCAUUCUGGCCAUGAACAGUGGCUAUUUCAGGGCGAUGUUCACCUGCGAUAUGCUGGAGAAUAAACUUCAAAAGUUAUAUCUAAAAGGACUUGAGCCAAGCGUUGUUGAAGCGCUUGUAGGGUAUAUAUACUCUGGCAAAAUCUACAUCGCAAAAGAAAACAUCUUUGAUUUGUUAGAAGCAGCAGAGAUGCUGAAGUUACAGUCGAUCAUUGACAGAUGUUCGACAGAAAUAUCAAAAAGAAUUUUAACACCAGACAACUGUAUUCAGAUAUAUUUUUAUUCAUGUUCGAAGGGGCCAAUGAAAGAAUUGUCAAAAAAGUCACUAAGAAAAAUUUGCGAUAACUUCAGUAACGUUGUUGAAACAUCUGGUUUUCUUACUAUGACAAAAGAAGAUUUAAUAACAGUAUUAUCCUCAAAAGACAUGACUGUGAGUGAAGACGCUAUGUUCUCUGCCAUUGUGCGCUGGAAGAACUAUUGUCCCGAAGAACGCGACACUAAAAUUCCAGAUAUAGUGCGGUCUUUAAAACUUCCGAUGAUAAAUAGGCGCCAUAUUGCCAGUGUUGCAUCUGUUGCUUUCGAGAAAGUUGUAAAUUGUAGGCGUAUCUUAACUGGAGCCGUGGCACAUCGGCGACCAGUUGAGGAGCCGCAGGCACGAAAACCACAUCGGAAAGUUUCGACCACUCGAAAACCAGUACAGACUUCAAAUGAGGUACUUCUUGUAGCGAAGAUUUUUAGAGGACCAAUGCAGACGGAAGAACUUACUAAUGAUUCGGAAGCUAUUUUGUUUAACAGCGAUGGGAGCCGAGAAAAUCGUUGGGUAAAAUUAGCGCCAAAAGAAGCUAAUACAUUGUAUGAUUGGCAGUCAGUUUCGUCAAUUGGUACUCAGGCGAUAAUCGUAGCAAAAGAUAACAUUUUCUUUCUCGAUCCGGUGACUGGGAAACAUAAGGAUAUACCUUUUCCAGGAACGGCAAGGAAAUCGUCAAACCCAGCCGAUACCGACAGCCGUCUGAUAUAUCGUGUGUCGUCUGUCGGACAUCUUGUGUUUCUUAUUGGAGUUACUUCAAAGAAUGAGGCUCGCAUGUGGCAGUUGGACAAAGUGCAUAACAAAUGGUCAGUUUGUCCGAGACCUCCAGCAAAGAUAAGACACGACGAAAUCGUAAUUACAACAUCAACUAACGAUAAACUUUUUCUGAUUAGCGUAGAAGAGAAUCUUUGUUACACACCAAGUAUCCGACGUUGGACGAGAUGCGUACCUCUUCCAAAAAAGAAAGAGACGUGGCACAUUUACGGUGCCGUGUGCUCAGGACGGACUCUCUUCCUGACAGCUAGCGAUGGUGUUCAUGUAUACGAUGUUCGAUCACAUUCCUGGUCGCAGGUAUCUUCAAGCAGAGAGUUCGGAAACCUGGAUUCAUGGCGCCAUGUUUGUCUACCGAUUUUUAUGAACAACAGUCUCCAUGUCGUAGUUGCUAAUCGACAUUGGUUUGAUUGCGUUCGCGUCUACAUGGCAACAGAAACCAACGAGGGUGACAAAAACAUGGAAUGGACGGAAAUCGCACGAAAAACUCUCAGUUACAAACAUAUGCUCUAUGAUCUAUUUUGCGUUCCAAUUCGAAACGAUGGCUUGCAGUAGCCUAGUAUUUGAUUUAGUAGAAAUGCCCAUUCCACGUACACAUCUCAAGGUCGGAUGCAAUAUAUUAAAAAAGAGGUCUGCUAAUUUUCGGAACCAAAAAUGGAAUUUGGCAGUCACAACAUUAAUAGCGUGGAUUCUUCUGUGGCUUUCGCCAUCCACCGAAAGGUUUUUUUUUUAAAUUAUUAUUUUUGAUUCUACGUGGCCUAUCAUAAUUAAAGCUUUGUCUCACUAUCAAAUUUCAUCAAAAAAGCGUCACAUAAAAUGUGAGUUGAGCACGUUCAACUUUUUUGAUACAAUUUGAUAAUAUAGGAUAUGACGUCAUCGUACCCAUAUGGGCACAUCACAUUUUUCUUGUCACAUAAAAUUUGAUAGUGUAGACAAAGCUUUAUGUAGUUUUUUCCCACUAAAAACAUUUGUUGUAGCAUAUUUUUAUACCGGUAUAAGAUAACUUUAUAAAUGACUUUGAACAUGAAAGUAUACCUGAGAAAGAGCUUGCUGUCAAUAAGUAGGACAGUGAUUAGUCGUUAUUGACAAUCUUUGGCCCAUGUACCUAACUAAUGAAUAUUUAUCUUAAUAUGAAAUCUAAAUGGGGCGAAGUAUCUACAAGAAAGUAGUAGCAAUGUUUUACAGCACUGGGGGUCUAAACAAAUUUGUUUGCUGUAUGCAUGAUACUGAUGCGAUGCUUAAAGUGAACAAUUUAGCGAAUCGAAAAAAGAAAAUCGCAUAUUAACAAUUGUUUAUCUCCUCCCAAAUAUUUCCGACUCCAAUCAGUCUACUGUUUUGAUUCAAUACAAUCAAGUUUAUACCGCACUCGAAAGGAACUGUAGUUAUCCAUUCACGAACGAAAUCAUAAUCGACCUGGAAGUAAAUCGAAUUAAACCAAUAGUUCGUUUCCAAAAUGAAUACAUAUACUUCUAAAGGACAAUAAUCGAAGAAAAACAAUCUGCGAAUAACAGCAACAACAGUUUUAUCUUGAAUAACAUUGAGCUAUUAAUAAUAUUAUUAUUAUUAUUAAAACAUAAUAGAUGACCAACGCUUUUUCCACAGAUAAUUGAAGCUUAUAUCUUACAAAGUUUGUGAUCCUACAAAAUCAAAUAAGCGAUUGGAUAUUUAAUGAUUUUUUUUUUUUUUGAGAUAUUGGUUGUGAUGAUGAUGAUCGCAGAAUAUCGGAUUACCGGAAGAGUGUUGACCUCUUUAACAUACGAAGUACAAUUAUGAAGCAUUACCGGAAGUGUUGAGUUUGUAUAAAGUAUCUUUCCGGGAAUUCUGUCUUGUUAAAAUGCUGGGGUGUGCGGCAUAUUCGUAGUGCUUCGAACUAGCGCUGUUCCGCGCAUGUACAAAAAAUGUGAAAUCCGUUUCUUCCUUUUGGAUUCAUAUUCCCAACAAAGCCCCAGUGGCCUAGUUGAUAAGGUGUCAACAUAGUUUUCACUCUCAUAAUCAUAUUCCUC